CCAGGCCGGCAGGCACGGGCGACCUUGCCAACACAUACACACUCAAACAAUGAUGCUGCGAAGUUCGAUAUCGCUGCUCGCGGCGGCAAGCUCCGCAUAUGCUCUCCGCGAUGCGAGCCCGUUCUUGCUGCUGAGCACUGAGCGACUGGACCAGACGUCUCUGCGAAGCGAGCAAAUAUCCACAUCAGCACACAUUGAAAGCGGACUCGAACCAACGUUAUCGCUAUGCGGCUCCAGCGUAUACGUAUUUGUGGAGCAACCCGCCAUCCACGCCGCCGACUUGCGACAAGAGAACAUGCCCAAGCUGGCAAGGAGGACAGCAAGGGAUGAAUACAAGAGUGUUGUGCAGAUUCCAGAGGUCAUCGGCGAGAUUGAUGCGGAAAGAGUUGCAGCUGCAGUGAGCAGACAGUGUGGUGGAAAGAGAAUGAGUGUUGAAGAGUUCACAUCGUCGACAUCAAAGCCAACGGCAGCAGUCAUUGGACCUUUGGUCCACGCGGCGCCACGAGGCGACCAUGAUCUAAGGAAGGAGAGCCUGCAACAGGCGGAUGCGGAGCUAGACUCGCACCUCCACAGUGUGCUCGCCAACCACACCGCACACACGAUCAUAUAUAUCGGGACACCGUCACGAAGCGAACAGGGCGCAGAAAUCGACUAUGAAGCGGAGAAUACUCCUCCAGGACACAACGGUCUGCACACGGACUUGAAGCGAGAUGUGCAGCACGGGUUGAAGAGGCAAUCAAAGAGUGACAACCCGCAAGACAAGCUGCCGCUAUUUGAAAAGUACCAGUUCUUGUCGCCUGGUAUUUUCAUGGGUCUCGUGGUUGCCUUCCUGCUACUCUCCAUCCUCUACGUCGGGCUCAACGCCAUCUCUGGCCUUGAGGUCUCAUACAUGUCCUUCAGCAAAGAGAUGGGACCAGCUGCACAGAAGAAGCAGCAGUAGAGAGGCUUCGAGAGAUCAGACCUUGUACGAUCAUAUAUCCUGUGAAUUAUUUGAAAUCAAUCAGCAGAUGGCCAGAGCGGGGGUUUGACUGACACGAGGUCGCUAUCUGUGGAAAAUGAAAUCCAAUCGGACCCGCUGACUUCUGCUCCCUCAGUGUCAAGUCUCUCUCCGCCUCUCGUGACU